AUGAGCUUCACCAAAGAUUGGCAUUCAUCCCAGCGGGUCCGAUCGACCAGUAAUCAGCCCAUUGACACAAGCCAUAGUCACUACUUUAACUACACAUCUGGUUGUUGGCUUAUCAAUGAGACGCACCAACUCAAAACGCGCCAUACCAACUUUAAUGUGCCAGCGCUACAGCGUAUCGCCGGUCAACUGUUGAAAAGCCGAUGUGUUCAGAUGAAUAAGAUACCGGAGGGGCUUUUUAACAAGGUGUUCUCUUUUCAGAUGGAGAAUGGUAGGGAGAUUCUGGCGAGAGUUCCGAACCCGAACACUGGCCAUGCUUACAGUGAAGUCGCAACGCUUGACUUUCUUCGAACCGUUCUCAAGAUACCAGUCCCACGUGUUCUUUCGUGGAGCUCUUCCCUGCAGCAGGUGAACCCAGUCGGUGCUGAAUAUAUUUUAAUGGAGAGGGUGAAAGUAGAAAUUGAACAGAAGUUGGUGAAUGCAAAGUUCACCUUGCAUAGCAGCCUGUACUACGGAGAUACUUUUCCACAUGGAAGGAGUAUUGCUGUCCUGGGAACAGCAGACCAAAAAGGCCAAUUUAAGUUUAUUCUUGAAUUGGAGACUAACAAGGGUCCUUCUAUCGCAACCAGUAAGAUAUCACAGAUACAAAACGCAUAUAACAGAUCCGGCGAUGUCACUUUUUUUAAGCAAUUCCUAACGGUGCUUUCUUAUAUUCUACUACCAGAAGAAGUUCUUACCCCGGUCCUUUUACACUCGGACCUUCAUCACUAUAAUAUUUUCGUCGAUCUGUCCAAUUCUACUAGAAUUUCUAGUAUUAUUAACUGGCAAACUGGAGCUGUCCAACCCCGGCUACCCAAAGACUUCGAAACUCUGUCGCCGGCCGCAAAAAAACUAAAAAAGUUCUACAAGCUGGCUUACCGGAAGGUCAACCCGGCUCUUGUCGAUGCGAUGGACAAAAUAAGAGAUAAUAGUGACCCUACCACUUUCAUAUUCCAUAUUGUCGGACGCUCCUCCGAAGACGGCCCAAUGCCGUUGAAGGAGCUGUUAAUCCAGGUGUUUAAGAAAUGGGACCGCAUCAGGGGACACCGAGCCGCGACGCAACCGUGUCCCAUUUCGUUCUCGCGGACCGAGAUCGAAGAGAGUCGGCAGCAGGUCGAAGCCUGGGCCGCCGCGUUUGGGGAAUUUGAUGCCCUGCGGGCGGAAUUUCUUGGGGACGAUGGCUGGGUCUCGCAUGAUGACUACGAGGAGGCUAUGAGCAGGUGGGAGAAGAACAAGGCGAUUCUGGAGAGCUUACGGGAGCAAGUAGAGACCUUGGUCUGAUAUCUGCUGCCCCCCUGAAGCUCCAAGUUGAGAUCCCUCUUGCACUCCAGUUUAACCCAGCUCCACGCGGGAGGAGUCACAGAUAGAUCGAAUGUAAAUGCGUCAUGGCACCCAAGUCAAUUAAACAUGCAUGCUAAACCUAUCGGGUGUUUUAGUUCCGAUAUGCA